UCCUUUGUGAUUUAUGUUUGAUAAUUAGUAUAAAUAUCUAGUUUCGGCUUCAGUUAUUAGUCUAAGUGUACAUCGAAAGGCAUAAUGAUGAAGUUAAAUCUUUUCUUUCUGCUAGUAGCAACGCUGGUAAUAAGUUCUCAAUGUAAUCCGUUGAAGAUUAAAGCCUCUACUCCACAAAUUCCGUCACUAGUUGGCCUUGCUUUAAAUGACGGAUCUCAAGAAGUCGGUCCUAGUUCUGGAUCUCAUAAUAGUUCAGGGGUAAAUAAAGUUUCUGCAAACUCGACUGGAGAGGUUGCUGUCAUUGUUGACUCUGCCCUCGAUGCUGUAUUUGAUGUCAUGGAUAUUCUAUCUCCCAAAGUAGCUAGCCAUGUUCCAAAUGAUGGACCUCAAGAAGUCGGUCCUAGUUCUGGAUCUCAUAAUACAUCAGGGGUAAAUAAAGUUUCUGCAAAUUCGACUGGAGAGGUUGCUAUCAUUGUUGACUCUGCCCUCGAUGCUGUAUUUGAUGUCAUGGAUAUUCUAUCUCCCAAAGUGGCUAGCCAUGUUCCAAAUGAUGGACCUCAAGAAGUCGGUCCUAGUUCUGGAUCUCAAAAUACAUCAGGGGUAAAUAAAGUUUCUGCAAAUUCGACUGGAGAGGUUGCUAUCAUUGUUGACUCUGCCCUCGAUGCUGUAUUUGAUGUCAUGGAUAUUCUAUCUCCCAAAGUAGCUAGCCAUGUUCCAAAUGAUGGACCUCAAGAAGUCGGUCCUAGUUCUGGAUCUCAUAAUACAUCAGGGGUAAAUAAAGUUUCUGCAAAUUCGACAGGAGAAGUUGCUCUCAUUGUUGAUACUGCCCUCGAUGCUGUAUUUGAUGUCAUGGAUAUUCUAUCUCCCAAAGUGGUUAGCCAUGUUCCAAAUGAUGGACCUCAAGAAGUCGGUCCUAGUUCUGGAUCUCAAAAUACAUCAGGGGUAAAUAAAGUUUCUGCAAAUUCGACAGGAGAAGUUGCUCUCAUUGUUGAUACUGCCCUUGAUGGUAUGUUAUAUGUCAUGGAUGUUCUAUCUCCCAAAAGCACACCACAGAACAAAUCGGAUUGAAAUCUUGAGACCCCAACACUCAUUAGACAGAAAUGGUGAUUUUUUUCACAAUGGCUAUGCUGAAGAA